AUUCUCUUGAUUCUUAUUUUCGUUCUUUGUCCUCCAUCUGAUCGGGUUAAUCCCAUCAUUGGUGCUUUCUUUGGAGAUAUACUGUGAGACGAAGUUGUGAGAUUAUGGCCGGACGAAGGACAAGACGUAACACCGCUGCUUCCGCCCAAUCGACGGUGAGGAGUGACCAGCCUGAACAAGGCAUGAUUGUUCAAGUCAAUGGGCUGGAAACGGCGUUGAAUAAUGUGGCUAGCAUGAUGGCCAACAUUAUGGAACGCUUAGAUCAGGCUCUCCCUGGCCCAUCUAGUACCCGGAAUGUCCCUACUGGGCAGCCCCGACAGACGGUUGAUAGCAAGGUUGCGGACUGGGUGAAUCACAUCCCAGCCGGAUCGAUCCGGACUUGGGAUGAAUUGGGAUUGCGGUUCCUAGAACAUUUUGCAGGGAACUGUCGUCCCAAGAAGCAUUUUACCCACUUGGCCUCAGUGCGGCAGAAGCACGGGGAGUCCUUGAAGAACUUCCUCGCUAGAUGGAGAAAGGAAUCCAGGGAGGUUGAAGGAACCGACGAUAAAUCCAGGUUAGCCAUGUUCACGGCGGCACUGCAGGAUGGUCUCCUUCAUACCGAUCUCACAACCCAUCCCCCGGAUACCUUUGAGGAAGCAAUGGUACGGGCCGGAAGGUAUGUGACCUUGGAAGAGAGGAAGGAGGAGAAGAAAGAGAAGACUCCUAAGGAAGAAGAAAAGGCGGGAAACAAAAAGCCUUUCAAGAACAAGAAGCAGGGCUUCCCAGAUGGCCCGAAGGGCACGAACCCUGGGACCUCGGAGAAGCAUAAAUCUGCUAAUCCAGUGUUUACAUUACUGGUGGCUGAGGUCAUGGCCCAUGCUGCACAGCAGGGACUGAUGACAUAUCCAACCUAUUCCCAGAAGGUUUGCAAUGUGGAGGACACUGGGAAAUGGUGCGCUUACCAUCUCAAGAAUGAUCACAACACAGAGGACUACUAUACCUUGAUGAAUGAGAUGACCAGGCUAAUCCGCCGGGGUCUUCUGAAGAAGUUUGUACAAGAUGGGGGCGGGAAUGCUUAUAACAGAAAGCGGAGAGAAGGGCAGGUGGCCCAGGCCGAGGCCUGGGAGAAACGCCACAUUGGACUCGAGGAUGAAGAGGAAAAUUCAGAACCUGCGCCACACCGACAGAAGAGGCAUCAUGGGUGUAAUUAUAUCAUUGGUGGGAAUAUUGGUGGAGAUUCGGCCACAAGUCGGAAAAAGUGGGCUAAUGCCGCGAUGGUCAAUAAGGUGGCGGCCCAUGCCCAACCGGAAGGUAAGAAGCUGAGAACUGAACCAAUUCUAUUUUCUAAUGCUGAUCUGCCAGAAACGGGGGUCCCCCAUAGGGACGCUUUGGUAAUUACAAUCGAUAUAAUGGACUUGCUGAUCCACAAGACUUUGGUGGAUACGGGAAAUUCUGUUAACAUCAUGUAUAUGGAUACUUACAAGGCUCUAGGUCUGGCGAGGGAUGAGUUAUUACCCAUUAAGACCCCUCUGACCGGGUUCACAGGCGACUCUAUUGAACCGGAGGGGGUGAUAACCCUGCCGGUCGAGACCCGGAUUAGAAGAUUUGGAGUGUGUUAUCUCACCUCGUCACCUGUGCAUAAAGUUCCCAACCCCCCAUGGAUUGGAAUCGCCAGGGGAUCUCAAAGGGUGUCCCGGGCGUGGUAUUUGAAGGCAACUAAACAACCUAUCAGAUACGACACCCAGGUGGGAGAGGUAACCGCACAGUUCUUAAGAACUGAAGAAAGACGUCCCAGAGUUGAAGUUGCAGGCGACAUAGAGGAAGUGAAACUGGAGCCAGCUGAUAUGCCGGGGUUGGAUCACAAGAUUGCAGCUCAUCGUCUCAACGUUUUGCAGGAUGCUAAACCGGUGAAGCAGAAGCGGAGGCAUCUGUCGCAAGAGAGGAGGGAUUUCGUGAAGAAGGAGAAGAAGGCGACCUUUGAGUGGACGCAAGAAUGUCAAGUGUCAUUCGAAGAAUUGAAGAAGUAUCUGGCAAGUCCUCUGGUUUUAUCCAAGCCAGAACCCGGGGACAUCCUGACGUUAUACUUAGCAAUUGCAGACUGCGCCAUCAGUACUAUGAUUGUAAGAGAAGAGAACGGGGCCCAGCAUCCGGUCUACUAUGUCAGUAUUGUCUUGAUCACUCUAGAAGGUUUCCGGAUAUAUUACGCUAUCAGAUUUCAGUUCCGCGUAUCCAACAAUGAAGCUGAAUAUGAGGCCCUAAUUAAUGGACUGAAGAUUCUCGGCAAGCUGGGGUUAUCUAGGGUUCAGGUAUACAGCGACUCCCGCUUGGUUGUGGGACAAAUCAGUGGGGAAUUCGAAGCAAAGGAAGAGAGGAUGAAGAAAUAUCGAGACUUGCCCUUGGAAAUGUUGGGGAGAUUUGAGUAUAAGCUAGAGCACAUACCCAGAGCGUACAACGCGGAAGCGGAUGUUUUGUCCAAGCUUGGCGCUGAAUCGCGAGAAUAUAUAAGCAAGUUAGCAACUGUGGAGGAGUUAGCAACCCCGAGUCUCAACAGGGACGAGGUGCUCUGGGUAUUAGCCGACCCCCCGGAGUGGUUAGACAGGUUGGCUAGAUACAUUGAGGACGGGGUAGCCCCGGAAGAUCCCCAAGAAGCCCGGCUGCUGCGAAUGAGAGCACCCACCUACAAAGUGCAGGAUGGAAUCCUUUAUAAGCGGUCUUACAAUGGUGUUUUACUCCACUGUCUUAGGGUGGCAGAGGCAAAAGCACUUAUGGAAGAGAUACAUGAAGGAGUAUGUGCGGAACAUCAGGGCCCAUACUCUAUCUCCAGAAGGGCAAUAAUCCAAGGAUAUUUCUGGCCAACAGUGAGGAAGGAUUGUGAGGAGUAUGUCCGCAAGUGUCCAACUUGUCAACAGUUUCAGAACAUACCCGGGAGGCAAGCCAUGAAUUACACGCCCAUUAGUUCGGUAAUUCCUUUCUCCAGGUGGGGGAUCGAUAUCGUGGGUGCCCUGCCGAAAGGAAUUGGACAGGCAAGAUGGAUAGUGGUGGCAUAGAUUAUUUUACCAAAUGGGUCGAGGCUGAGCCGCUUGCUGGGAUCACAGGGAAGCAGAUGAUCGAUUUCGUGGGAACCAAUAUACUUUGCAGGUUUGG